UCUCCAACAAUUUUGGUGUCAUUUGAAGGUUUGGAGUGCUUACAAUUUGAGUUAGAAGUUGAGAGUUGAUGGUUGAGCAGGGACGCUCUCAUGGUUGCGUUCUCAUUGAUUUUGGUGAUGAACACGCGAAUUUUGAGAUUUUGGGGCUGCCUUGCUCGUGAGCAUCACACAAAAAAAAAAGAAAAAAAAAACUACCGAAAAUUAACAAAAUAAGGUACCCCGACGGUAGGAAAGCACAGAAUAGCCUCUCGCAACCUAAGAACACAAUUAGACAAUCCCAGAAGAAACUGGAAACGUCUGGGGAGUUGCACGAAAAAAAAAAAAAAAAAAAGAGUGACCCUUUAAAAGAGGUUUAAGAGAACUGAGAACUUUGGCCAAUUACUCAAUUACUCAUACAAUUAAGUAGAUGAAAAGAAUCAGGUUUUGUGUUAUUUGUGAAAUGUGUUAAAAUACACCAUGAAUCAAACAGCGGACAUGGAAAUGAUCGAGGUGACAGAGGACUCUCAGCUUCCACCACCUCCUCCGACCGCCAAUGCCAGUGGCGCCGCUCCUCAAUCCGACGCUGCUGCUGGUUUCCUUUCAUUGGCCCGUCAACUCAUCGAUCAGGGCAAACCUUCUCAAGCCCUUCAAGCGAUAGUUAUGGCUAUGAGAACAAAAGGAGGAGAGGAGGCUGUUUUCUACAUCUUGCAACGUGCACGUGAGCUAUACAGAUCAAAACUACAGGCUAGUGCUGAAGCUGAUCAACUUGCCUCUUUAUUUGCUGAGUGUGUAAUUGCUGAAGCUCAGCCCCCAGGAAGUGAACCCUCGUCAUCUCCAUCACCAUUAUUCUCAUCAUCUGCAACACCACCAACUGUUCCUGGCCGUGAAAUAGAGACUGACGCUUGUGAAACCUCAAUUUUGGCAGAGACCGGAAGAAUGCAGAUUGUGUUAGAUGCCUUCUCCGACGGCAGUAGUUUCAUCUGUUUGAAGUGUGGCGGUCUUGUUAGCAACCAUCGUAAAGAUGAACAUUAUGCUUACUGGUGUCAGUUUUAAAUGCACCUAAGAGAACAUUUGGUGGGUGGAGUGUUCACAGAUGCAGGUGCUUUGUAAAGCAUGAGAUUAAAAAUUGUCAUCUUGAAUAUGUACUAUUGUUACAAAUGCUUUGUUUCCCUGUUAACUAUGAUAUACCUGCUUUGAAAGGGAAAAACGUUCGAACUCCAAGCUUAGGCAAGGCCAUACGCAUGCAUUUGUAGAUUAUGUUGAGGAAUAUAUGUCGGAGUUCUUGUGAUUAUAAUGGAGAUGAUCUUAUGGUAAAAA